UCAUUUUUAUUUUAUGCACGAUACAAUGCACAGGCUAAAGCAACAAGCUGCAAAGAGGCCAUCCAACGAUGGGAAGAGAAAACGGGCUUAACAGCCAGUGAACAGACAGAAAUCAGUUUGUCUUUUCAGUGGCCUCCUAUUGAGAAAAUGGAUAACAACUUGGCAGCGUUAACGGCCGUACAGAAAUUAUCGCUUUCCACGAACAUGAUAGAGAAGAUCAGUGGUAUUAAUUCCUUGAAGAAUUUGAGGAUUUUAUCUUUGGGUAGAAACAAUAUUAAAACAUUCUCUGGUCUGGAAGCAGUAGGGGAACAUUUAGAAGAGCUAUGGAUAUCUUACAAUCAGAUUGAGAAGAUAAAGGGUGUCAAUGUCCUUAAGGCCCUCAAAGUACUUUAUAUGUCUAACAAUUUGGUGAAAGACUGGGCUGAAUUCAAUCGCUUGCAAGAAAUACCCCAUCUUGAGGACCUAUUGUUCAUUAACAAUCCUAUCUGCGAAAAUAUGGACAUGGAGUUUUGGAGAAGUCAAGCCACUAAAAGGCUUCCCAAAUUAAAAAAACUAGACGCUAUACCGAUCGUUUAAAUAUUUGCGAAU